AUUUCAAUUUCAUUUCGAUAGCCAAUUCAUUUCUUUUUCUUGGUUUUAUUUUUUCUGUUUCCAAUUUGAACCAACACCCAGAGCCUCUCUCUCUCUCACUCAAACGCGAGCAGCUCAGCCUCAAACGCUCAUUCUAGGGUUUCGAAAAGGAAUAAUAGAAGAUGGCCGAUACCGAGGAUAUUCAGCCUCUUGUCUGUGAUAAUGGGACUGGAAUGGUCAAGGCUGGAUUUGCUGGAGAUGAUGCUCCAAGAGCCGUGUUCCCAAGUAUUGUUGGUCGCCCACGUCAUACUGGCGUUAUGGUUGGCAUGGGUCAGAAAGAUGCGUAUGUUGGGGAUGAGGCUCAGUCCAAGCGUGGUAUCUUAACUCUGAAAUACCCAAUUGAGCAUGGAAUUGUGAGCAAUUGGGAUGACAUGGAGAAGAUCUGGCAUCAUACCUUCUACAAUGAACUUCGUGUUGCUCCAGAAGAGCACCCUAUACUCCUUACUGAAGCACCUCUCAAUCCUAAGGCAAAUCGUGAGAAAAUGACUCAGAUCAUGUUUGAGACCUUCAAUGCUCCCGCUAUGUAUGUUGCCAUCCAGGCUGUUCUUUCCCUCUAUGCCAGUGGUCGUACAACUGGUAUUGUUCUCGACUCUGGAGAUGGUGUCAGUCACACAGUCCCCAUUUAUGAGGGGUAUGCCCUUCCACAUGCCAUUCUGCGACUUGACCUGGCAGGUCGUGACCUGACUGAUGCCCUGAUGAAAAUCUUGACUGAGCGUGGGUACUCAUUUACCACCACAGCUGAACGUGAAAUUGUGAGGGACAUGAAGGAGAAGUUGGCUUAUAUUGCUCUUGACUACGAACAAGAAUUGGAAACUGCCAAAACCAGCUCUUCUGUUGAGAAAAGCUAUGAGUUGCCUGAUGGUCAGGUGAUCACCAUUGGAGCUGAGCGUUUCAGAUGCCCAGAAGUCCUCUUCCAGCCAUCCAUGAUUGGCAUGGAAGCUGCUGGUAUCCAUGAGACCACAUACAAUUCGAUAAUGAAAUGUGAUGUUGAUAUUAGGAAGGAUUUGUACGGAAACAUCGUACUCAGUGGUGGUUCCACUAUGUUUCCUGGAAUUGCUGAUAGAAUGAGUAAGGAAAUUACUGCCUUGGCCCCUAGCAGCAUGAAGAUUAAGGUGGUUGCCCCACCAGAAAGAAAGUACAGUGUGUGGAUCGGAGGCUCUAUCUUAGCAUCCCUCAGUACCUUCCAGCAGAUGUGGAUCGCCAAAGCUGAGUAUGAUGAAUCAGGCCCUUCAAUUGUGCACAGAAAAUGCUUCUGAUUACAAUCAAGGAUUGGUGGACUUCAGUAUCUCUAUUUGGAAAGAAAAAUGCUGCUUGCAUUCUUGUUCUCUGGUUUUGUUGUCCGUUUUUCUUUGCUUUCUAUUGUCUUAAUGUCUGAACUAUUAUGACCUUGUAGGCUUACUGCUGGAUUAUUUUGUAAUUCUAUUUGAGAUGCUUUUAUUCUCAGUGGUCAUUCGGUAGCAUGCUUUCAUUCUCA